AUGAAUGUCCUCUCAUCAUUAUUGAAUGUUUCUGCUAAGCAUGGAGUGUUUAGGUUCCAUCCAAAAUGCAAAAAAAUCUCACUUACUCAUCUUUGUUUUGCUGAUGACCUUUUCAUUUUUUGCCAUGGAUCCUUGGAGUCUGUUUUGGGUGUUGUUAGCAUUCUAGACAGGUUCUAUGAACUUUCUGGCUUAAGGCUUAAUGCUAUGAAAUCUGAAUUGUUUGCUUGCGGGGUGCCUCGGUGUAGUCUGGAUCUGAUUUGUAUAGCUACUGGUUUCAAGCAUGGUCAGUUGCCUGUUAGGUACUUGGGUGUGCCUUUGGUUACUCGAAAACUUUCUAGCAAAGACUGCUCAGCUCUACUUGUGAGAAUCAAUGAUAAAAUUGAUAAAUGGUCGAGCAAGCACUUAAGCUUUGGGGGGAGGCUACAGUUGGUUAAGUCGGUUCUGUUUAGUAUCUUUGGCUAUUGGAGCAGGCAGUUGGUCUUGCCCAGAGGGGUCAUCAGAGAUGUUGAAAAAUUAUGCAUGAGGAAAAUUCUAGCUGAUGAGGGCUCUUUGUGGAUUGCUUGGCUCAAAUCUUAUUGUUUCAAGGCUAUGGAUUUUUGGACAGUUGACUGUAAGCCUCAUUUUAGCUGGAUCCUAAGAAAACUGGUGAAAAUGAGGGAGGAGGCUUGGGGACUUUUUGGUUCUGCUGCUGUUUUGUCUCAGAUUAGAGGUGCAUGGAUAUGGGACCAUAUCCGUGAGAGGAGGGACAAGGUUGAUUGGCACAAAUUGAUUUGGUUUCCUGCUCAUGUCCCAAAAUUUUCCAUUGUGGCUUGGAUGGUGAUUCUGGAUAGGCUUCCUACAAAGGAUAUGUUAGCCAGAUUUGGAAUUCAGGUUGAUCAUAUAUGUGGUCUGUGUGGAGUUGAGCUGGAAUCUCGGAAUCACUUGUUUUUAGAAUGUUCUUUCGCCCGAGAGGUUUGGGAUGUAAUCUUGCAGACUUGUGGUCUUCAUAACUAG